GUUUGUGUAUGAUUCUGUUAUUUUGCUGCAAGUUUUUGUAUUGCAGGUGUAAUUAACUCAACCCGUUAACAGUCGCUAUAAAGGCGCACGAAGGGCUAUGCCACCUGAACAUAAACGGAUGGCGGUGGCACUGUUCUGCCUUUUCAUUCCGUUCGUCGCUGCCCCCAGGCCCCAGGUUUCCUUCGACUAGAAGGAAGAGAGGUCCCAGAUGCGGCCGCCCCGUUCCAACCCGCUUCUUCUUUCUUUCUCUCUCGCAGACCCACUCCACUCGCGGCGGCGCGCCAGCCGCCUCCGCACCAUCUCGCUGUCGCCGUCGCCGUCGCCGUCUCUCCCGACGCUGCAGCAGCCGAUGGAGGCGUUCGGCUUCGACGCGCUCAAGGAGACCUUCUCGGUGGACGUGGCAGCGGCCGAGGCGCGCCCGCUCAACGUGCCGCUCGCCACACCCUUGAACAUCGCCCCCUCGCGCCUCGAGGACGUCGCCAACGUCGCCGUGCGGGUCGAGCUCUCCAGUGGCGCCGUCGGCUGGGGCGAGGCCCCGGCCCUCCCCUCCGUCACCGCCGAGGACCAGCCCGCUGCGCUCGCCGCCAUCGCCCGCGCCUGCGUCGCGCGGACCGCGACCCUCGGCGCCGUUCGGGCCGAGCUCUCCAGCGGCGCCGUCGGCUGGGGCGAGGCCCUGGUCCUCCCCUCCGUCACCGCCGAGGACCAGCCCGCUGCGCUCGCCGCCAUCGCCCGCGCCUGCGUCGUGCGGACCGCGACCCUCGGCGCCGUUCGGGCCGAGCUCUCCAGCGGCGCCGUCGGCUGGGGCGAGGCCCGGUCCUCCCCUCCGUCACCGCCGAGGACCACUCUCCAGCGGCGCCGUCGGCUGGGGCGAGGCCCGGUCCUCCCCUCCGUCACCGCCGAGGAGCAGCCCGCUGCGCUCGCCGCCAUCGCCCACGCCUGCGUCGCGCGGACCGCGACCCUCGGCGCCGUUCGGGCCGAGCUCUCCAGCGGCGCCGUCGGCUGGGGCGAGGCCCCGGUCCUCCCCUCCGUCACCGCCGAGGAGCAGCCCGCUGCGCUCGCCGCCAUCGCCCACGCCUGCGCUGCGCGGACCGCGCCCCUCGGCGCCGUGCUCCAGGACGUCGCCGAUGCGCUCCCCGGACACACCUUCACCUCGUAUAUUCCAAUUGUGACCCCAAAUGAAGCCGCUCAAUUGGCCGCAAAAUAUCGAGGACAAGGGUUUCAGACUCUGAAGCUCAAAGUAGGGAAAAACUUGAACUCAGACAUAGAAGUUCUGAAGGCUAUAUGGCUUGUGCAUCCCGACUGCUCAUUUAUCUUGGAUGCAAAUGAAGGGUACACAGCAAACCAUGCAAUUGAAGUUCUUAACAGACUAAACGAAAUGGGAGUGACUCCUGUACUCUUUGAGCAACCAGUUCAUAGAGAUGACUGGGAAGGUCUCCAUGAUGUUAGCAUUGCUGCUAUGGAGAAAUACAGAGUUGCUGUUGCUGCUGAUGAAAGUUGCCGCGGAUUACUUGAUGCUCGAAAAAUAAUACAUGGAAAUCUUGCUCAUGUUAUUAACAUCAAACCGGAAAAGUUAGGGGUUCUUGGAGCCCUCGAAGUAAUUGAUGCCGCAAGAAAAGCCGGUAUUGCACUUAUGAUUGGUGGUAUGGUCGAGACUAGGAUUGCCAUGGGCUUUGCUGGCCAUCUCGCUACUGGGCUUGAUUGUUUCAGCUUUUGGACCUGUCUACAGUUUAAGAAUGCUCGAGGCCAUGGCGGUUUCCUUCAUUUGGACAACAAUAAUGGAUGGGUAUGUCACAGCUCACUCAUGAACCGCCAUUUCCGGUAGAUAUUGUUUGUACCUAGGCGAGGAGGGGGAACAGCCGCGCCCGAACGAGGUCGUCCCCGGAGCCCGCAUCCCCGUCGUCGACCUUGCGCACAGGGAAGGUCACCACUGCUGGUCGAGGUCGCCCAGGUCGAGAGCGCGCCCACCGGCCUGAAGCUCAUCCAGGAGCCCUGAACUCAAGGUCAGCGGCGGAGAUGGGCGUCCCUACCAAUGGCUCUCCAAGAGAGAGGAGCGAGAACAUGAUGGAGGCGGGGUGUUCGAUCUGUGGUCCACUUCGAUGCGGGACGUGGAGGCGCGAUCCGACAAAGCCUCCCGACGCUCCAACCGCCGCUUCCCAUCAACGCUAAGGAGCAGCAGCCUCCCCAGAUUCUAUGAUGAUUGAUGCAAAGUCCGUGUUGUGCUCCUAUGAUUGAGGAAUUUGCAGCAGUUCUGGUCCCUGGCGCGUGCUCCUCCGCUUGCCCUCUCGACCCUCCCCUUGCUCAUCGCCAUCCAUUUUAUUCAGAGUAUAGAUGGCGGGCAAAACAC